AUGAAAAAACUGCUUCAUAACAUGUUAAGUCCAGAUCCAAGGGAACCUCAGAAAUCUGUUGAAGUUCCAUUGUUAAGAAGUUCUGUUUGUUUGGCAACUGCUUUAAACCCAAUAGAACAAGAUCAGAAGUGGCAGUCUAUAACUGAAAAUGUGGUAAGGUACUUGAAGCAAACAUCCCGCAUCGCUAUUGGACCUCUGAGACUUUCUACUUUAACAGUUUCACAGUCUUUGCCAGUUCUAAGUACCUUGCAGCUGUAUUGCUCAUCUGCUUUGGAGACCACAGUUUCUAACAGACUUUCAACAGAGGACUGUCUUAUUCCACUCUUCGGCGAAGCUUUACGUUCAUGUAAACAGCAUGACGUGAGGCCAUGGAUGCAGGCAUUAAGGUAUACUGUGUACCAGAAUCAGUUGUUGGAGAAAAUUAAAGUUUCAGGCACAGAACUGUAUAUCCAAUAAUAGUGAAAUGGAUCCCACUAAUUAUGACAGAAAUGAUGAUACAUUUAAAUGACUUGGAUGUUUUAUAGGUAUGAUCUCGUGAAACCUUGAGAGAAACUGAAUGACGAAUGAAACUAUUGUUCCUGUUUCACACAGAAGGAAACUGAGGUUAAAAGGGGUUGGCACUCAUCAUGAGCCCCUGUUCUCAUUCUGCAAAUGGUGAAGCUCUCUAUUGUCCUGACCCCACAGUUCCUGUCCCAUGAGCAGGGCCAGCUCACCAAGGAGCUGCAGCAGCACGUAAAGUCAGUGACAUGCCCAUGCGAGUACCUGAGGAAGGUUGAUGGACGGAUGGCUACAUGGAUGUGAUGGAGAUGGUUUACUAUCGGGACCUUCCGCAUCCUGCUGAUGUUUUGUUGCUUAGGAUAUGAAUGGCUGAGCGGAGGCUGUAAAACCUGGCACCCUGCUUGGGUAUGAGGUUCUUCCUGCCAUCCUGCCAUCAUUUGUUUUUUAUGUUUUGUCGCCAAAAGUGACCUUGAGGAGCCCUGGGAGCUCAGGAAGGAAGGAGCGCCCAGAAGCAGGGACAGGGAGCUGGUUGGGGAGGACCAGAAAUCAGGUUAUCAAUACUCUGGCUGUCUAUCGUCAUCGUGAGACUGACUUUUGUGGAGGAGUUCGAGACCACCCUGGCCAACAUGGCAAAACCCCAUCUCCACAAAAAUUGGAUAAUUUGAUAAUUAUCAUUAUUGAGUUUCUGAGACCUUACACAUUUACCAUUCUCUUCUGCACAAAUUACCUUUGUUUGUCUUUCCUGAAGACUAUCUUCCGGUCUGAAAAUGGACAUGAUGGAUCCACAGAUGUACAGCAGAGAGCCUGGAGGUCCAACCGACGUAGACAGGAAGGAAAUAAAAUUGGCCGGAAAGACGUCAUUACUCUACGGAGACAUAUGAAAAGAAAAGUUACAGCUAAAAUCCAUAAGAUGAAGGUGACAACGAAAAUCAACCAUCAUGACAAAAUCAAUGGAAAGAGGAAGACCGCCAAAAAACAGAAAAUGUUUCAACGUGCGCAAGAGUUGCGGCGGCGGGCAGAGGACUACCACAAAUGCAAAAUCCCCCCUUCUGCAAGAAAGCCUCUUUGCAACUGGGUCAGAAUGGCGGCAGCGGAGCAUCGUCAUUCUUCAGGAUUGCCCUACUGGCCCUACCUCACAGCUGAAACUUUAAAAAACAGGAUGGGCCGCCAGCCACCUCCUCCAACUCAACAACGUUCUAUAACGGAUAACUCCCUGAGCCUCAAGACACCUCCCGAAUGUCUCCAUCGUCCCCUUCCACCCUCAGUGGAUGAUAAUAUCAAGGAGUGUCCUCUUGCUCCUCUUCCACACUCUCCUCUUCCACCCUCAGUGGAUGAUAAUCUGAACGAGUGUCUCCUUAUCCCUCUUCCACCCUCUCCUCUUCCACCCUCAGUGGAUGAUAAUCUGAACGAGUGUCUCCUUGCUCCUCUUCCACCCUCAGUGGAUGAUAAUCUGAAGGAGUGUCUCCUUGCUCCUCUUCCACCGUCUCCUCUUCCAUCCUCAGUGGAUGAUAAUCUCAAGACUCCUCCCUUAGCUACUCAGGAGGCUGAGGCGGAAAAGCCACCCAAACCCAAGAGGUGGAGGGUGGACGAGGUGGAACAAUCACCAAAACCCAAGAGGCGGAGGGCGGAUGAGGUGGAACAAUCGCCCAAGCCCAAGAGGCGGAGGUUGAGUAAGCUGAGAACACGCCAUUGCACUCAAGCCUGGGCAAUAAGAAUAAAUCCGUGGGUCGAAAAAAAGAAAAAAAUCAAAAAAUAAAACAAAACCCACACUCCAAAAACAAACUAACAAAGAAUAAAUAAAUAAUAUAAAAAUAAAAUAAA